AUGGAGUCUCAUGCAUGCCUUUACAGCGGCGACUUGUUCUUCGGCUUCUGCAGCGGCAACCUCGAACAUUCUGACCGGCUUUUCGAUCUCGACGGGGUCGGGUUUGCAAAGCCUCUAUGGGAGCACAGGGAAUUUUCGGAGGCGACGCUCAUGUCAGGCCACCAUGAUAAGUCUGGCCGACCUUCCAUGCCCACAAUGGGUCUCGAGCUCCCAAGCACUUUCUGCCAAGAUUUCGACCAAGAACUCUUCAACUACCUUUCGUCGGAGUCCGACGACCCCCCCGACGACAGCGAGCUCAACUAUGACGACUACUUUGAUCGGUCAACCAUUUCCGACAUCAAAUCACCUGAUCACGAGGAUAGCCACAUCACUCUUAAAGAUCCUCUCAUCAACUGGGACGGCACUGAAGCUGAAAUGCCCCCGGGACAAGCUCCGCCUACCCCGGGACAAGCUCUGCCUACCCCGCGACAGAGUCCUCAAAGUCCCAGCAUGUCCCCUCUUCGAGCCAUUUCGUCUCCCCGCGCGAGCCUGGACGUCGGGCCUCUGCCAGAGGCAGAAGUCAGCAGCGGUCCGGAUGGAGGGUUGGGAGGCAAUCAGAUUCCGCCUCAGAAGGUAUCGCGACCUGUACGCAGUCGUGUUGCUUCGGCUUCCAAAAUAACCCGUACCGGAAGGAUUCGGAAGAAAGAACCACCUAGUACGGUUUUAGCCAUUUUCGGGAGGAGGUGUGAAGACCCCGAUCGACUUGCCCGACUAAAUGAUCCACAGUUGAAAGGCACUGCUACCAGCGGGGUAGCGCCCAGGGGCGCACGUGGCCGCCUCCUCUCUACAUACACUGUACGACGGGAGUUAAAAGCCCUUCCCCACUGUUUGGCCUUGUCCCCUUUUGGAAGAGGGGCCAAGAAUCAGCAUCAGCGACUGCAGCACUGCCUUCUGAAUACAAGCCUUAUUGGUCCUGUGGGCCUGGCCGCACCUCCUAAACUGCCUGUCGCUUGUCCCAUAAUAUCCUUCUUAAAUGAGAAUAUCAAUGUUUUCAGCUUGAAAAGGACGGGAUAGAGGGCAGGCAGAGCUCAGUGUUGUGUAUGGCAAUGUAAAAGAUCC